AGAGGGGGUUGUUCUGAGUGAACGCAGCGUGCCAAGCAACGCCUCCUGACAUGUUGAUACGAGAAAUAAGAGGAAAAUAAAAAAUAGUUGAUAAUAAAAGUACGCGGAAGAUAAAAAGACUUUCGAGUUCCCGAACCGAGUUACUAUCAAGAAGAAGUUGCUGAGAGAAGACGUAUCAGCUGAUUCUCUGUGAUAAGAUAUUUAGAAAACACCAACAAUGGCCAACAAAAUGGAACCAUUGGAAGUUUUAUCUCGUUCCGCGUCUAGCUUCCUGUGACUGGCGAUGGGUGGCUUGGUAUUUGAAAUGCAAUAUUGUCAUGGUACAGUGCUGUAGCCUCUCACAGCAACAACCAAACUUCCAGCACAUAUGAUUUGAAACUCCUUGCCAGCAUGAGUGUCUCUCUAGUUCGAGUAGCUGGCCCGGGCGAGGAUGAGAGAAUUAUUGAUCAGAGUAACUUCAAGAUUCCUUUGACUCUUCCAGCUAUACUAGGGAGAGGAUCUUUAUUGAAGUGUGGCGAGAGAAAGCUGUCAAGACGCCAUGCAUGCCUUGACUGGGAUGAUGAUGAUCUUCUAUUAACCUCAACACAUCAGAACCCAACCUAUGUGUUAGUUGGAGGUGAAGAGAAGCAGUUGACGAGUGGCGAUUCUGCCCAGCUCUCACAUGGAGACCAGUUUGGGCUGAUGCAGAAUGGCUUUUGGUUCAGGCUUAAUCUCAGCAGUGUCAAUGCAGAGACAGACAAGUCUCCCAGUGACACAUCAGCAAACAAGAACACAAGCAAGGAUGCUGAUGAGGAAGAGGCAGCAGGCCAGAGUAAAGACAUUGUAGAAAAUGGUCAAGACGAAGCAGCUGAGUCCAGUUCAAAGACAGAGGAAAGCAAUGGAAUUAAUAACAAUUUGGAAGAUAAUGUCGCAAAGGAGAAGGAGGAAGAGGAAGAGGUAGAGAAAAGCAAUAAAGAUGAAGAAAAGGAAGCAGCAGAAACAGUAGAAAAAAAAUCCAAGGAUGUCCAAAAUGGCUGCUCAGAUCUCAAAGAUUCAAAUGGUUCAGAAGAUGCCUCUCCACAAGGCAAAGUAGCUCAGGACAUACAGGCAGCAGUGUCUCCAAGAAAGAGGAAUCUACCCUCAUGGCUUUUAAAGGCCAGCACAAAGAAAUCAGAGGAAAAGGAGACUGCCCAGACUACAAAGAGUACACAUGGAGGUGACAAGAAGCGCACAACCAAUGCAAAGCGCAAACAACCUGAUGCUUCUGAAGAUACACCAUCAAAGGUUAAAAGACAAGCUGUGGGUGAUGAAGAUACCACUCCAAAACAGAAAGCAAAAUCACCUGCCAAACCAAAGCUGUCAAAGCUCCAUGAUGUGAGUGACGAAAGUAGUGAUGACGGCCAGAGCAACCAGCAGAAGAGGACCAACCAGAGCACCCCAAGGAAAGGCAGAAAGCAGACCCCCAGUCCCAGAAAGAGUCCGGCAGCCAAGAAAUCUCCUUUAAAGAAUGCCGGCAGAAGUCUCCACGAUAUGAGUGAUGAGAGUAGUGAUGACGACGUAGAACAAUCCAGUAAUGUUGCUAAAAAGGAAAACAAAAGUCCUACUAACAAGAAGAAAGCCCCAAGUAAACAGUUGGAAUCAGAUGAUGAAACACAAGGGACAUCUACUGCAAAUAGAGGAAAAGCAGCUGCAGCUACUCCAUCACCAGUCAAAAGAAAGAAACGUGCCAGAAGGUCAUGCCAAUAUGGGUCUAACUGUUAUAGGAAGAACCCUAGCCACAGGGCACAGUUUGCUCACGUUGGAGACUCAGAUUACCAGGAAGAAGAAUCAGCAUCAGAAGACCCAGAUGACGACCGUCCUCAGUGCGAGCAUGGAGUUGAUUGUUACCGUACAAAUAAAAAACACCGCAAAGAAUAUCGCCAUAGCAGGGUUCCACAGCCCAAGAGAAGAGCUAAGUACAGAGCACAAAAAAAGAAGGCAGAUGGGGAAAAGGACUCCGGAGAUGAGUAUGACUAUGACGACCCCUUCCUGAAUGACGAGAGCUCGGAUGACUACGCCCCAACGGACUCAGACUCAGGACUCCCCAAUCGGGAUGCAGAAGAAGAGGACAACACGAGUAGAAUGUUGAAGGAGGCAAAGAAAUUCAUUAGAAAAAGGAGAUGAAGAUGAUACUGUGUUUGUAUCACCUUUUCUUUCAUGUGAGAGCAUUUGCUGCGGUGAUUUGAGAGAUUACCUUUGCAAUGACUUUUGCAAUAUGACUUUAAUAAGAUGAUUCUUAUUAAUUAUGUCUGAUUACAUUUCUUAUCAACUUUUAUAAGAUUUGUUUUUAUUCAUUUUCACUGAAUUUUGCUGCCUUCAACUCUACUUUGUUUUGUUUUUUUAAGGAAAGAGACUUGGUGAAUCGAAUCUAUGCCAUUUAAUGGAUAUCAUUCUAUUCAUUUCAAAAUUAUUUAGCAGAUUGAAGAAUAAUGCAGAACCUUUUUUGAACUAAAGCUGUGGAAAAGUGCUAUGUAGUGACACUGUAAAUGAUACAAAAUCACUCACCAUAUUCCAUCUUUUUGCUGGUUGUUAGCUAGUUAGUCACUGUUUAAUACCAGUUUUUCAUCACAUUUGUAUUGAAAGAAACGUUUUGCAUAAGUAGACUAUGAUAACUGAAGUACACAUUUUGGUACCAGCAUUUCUUGAAGAGGUGAGGAAGAUGAUGUAGUCAGCUUCAUUUUCAUUGACUUUAGUGUUUAAAUUCAAUUGUUCAACUAAAUAUUUCAUACCUCACAUGAAGGGUUGUACCACAAAAUGUUACUUUAUAUUGUCAUGUUGAUGAAAGAGUACCUGUUGUACAGUAUUAUAUACAUACUAUUAGAUGUAACACCCCUGAGAGGAGCAGAUAAGUUUUAAUUGUGGAUUUGGUUAACAUGCUAGAAAAUUGAAAGAUGUGGAACAAUCACUUUAAAAUUACCUGUUGACUACAUCAUCUGGUCCAACUAUUUUCAGCUUCCGAUAGUUUGAUACUCACUUUUAUUCUUAAAUUAACUUUUUUAAGGUCUGUCUGGAUAGAACAGGAACUCACUUCAUAUUUAGAAGGAAUAAUGGAUUUUGUUAUUUUAUGUGUUGUUAGUAUUUGAGACUAAGUUAACAGUUCCAUAAAGCAAAGAAUCGUGUAAAAGGAUUCAUUCAUUACUAUUUUUGGCUCAUGUUAUUAGCAUCCUUAUUGAAAAUACUUCAUUAUUAGUAAUAUUGCUGCAAUAUAUAUAUAUAUUUUUAUAAUGUUAAAAAACACUCUAUGAAUCAUUUAAAGACAAAGGAGUACAAACUCAAAAAAUGUUGACAAUGAUUUGACGUGUACUGUCAUAUAUUCGUGAAUGGGUCACAGACGGUAGGGAAAUUAACUGUGAUAAUAAGGAAUUGGAUCAGAUAUGCUUCUGCACUUUUUUUCUCCUUCUACCCCUUAUUCCUUCAAAGUUAAAUGUCUAAAUUAUAACUCAAUUUUUAAUGUAAGCCUUCAUUGUAGUUUAUGUGAAAUAUAUAAUUUUCAUUAUAUGUCAGGUCAAAACUAGCACAGGUAUAAUGCAAUACAAACCAUGGUGAUCCUACAGUUUGAGUAAAUCAAGGGAAUAUAACAAUUUUGAUAGGUAGCAGUGCUAAGCAUUUCAGUGUCAUGAACUUUUUAUAUAUUCUUCAUUAAUGAUAUGCUUGCUUCUGCAAUAUGAACUAAAUUAAGCCUUUUAUGUGUGUAUGCAUGCAUGCAAGCACAUGGGUAUGAGUGCAUAUGUGUGUGUCUGAUUUAUAAGACUGCACUGUUAAUGAUAUGAUAUUUCUAAUUUUACAUUUGAUUUUGUAUAAAACAACUAUAUGUAUUUGUAUAAGUUUGUAUAUAAAAAUGUUUUAUUCUAUAUAUAAAUGUUGAUUUUCAUUUAAGUCAAGGAAUAUAGUGUAGCUGCUAUAGGAAACAUACCCAGUGAUAUAUUGUGUAUAUUAUCCAGUAACGGAAAUGUUUUUGAGGCCGCUAUAUAAAAGGGAAGUGAUACUUAAAGAAACACAGAUCGUAAUUUAAUAAGAGUUACUCAGUAGUACACAGUAGUUCUUUUCAUAUUCCAUUUUUUUUUUUUUUUUCUCUCUCUUUUUUCUUAGGUGUAAAAAUUGGUUUUAUGUAAAUUUUGUAUUCAUUUUUGUGUGAUAAUGACAAUGCAGCAGGAUUUGCAAAAAUGAAUUUUACCCAUGAACCAAAAAUAUCUGCACAGCUGAUCUGAUAAAUGAUGUAACAUUUUUUUUUAUAAUAAAUUCCAAAAUAUC